AUGUUCAAAAAAGUGAAGCAUCCCGACUUCAUCGUGGGGCACCGAUUGAAGGGUGCCAACGCCAAGCGUGAUCCGUUGCUGGACGAAAAACUGGGGAGCAACAAACGAAGCCGGGAUGAAGAUGGGUCCUCCUCGGUGGUGUACAAAGAGACGCCAGAGGAAAAAAGGGCCAGAUUGAAAGCUGAGAAAGAUGCUGAGAAGGAGCUCAGAGACGCACAGAAAAGGAAGAAACAAGGCCUUGGGCCAAGUAAGGCCAGUAUUUUGGGUCUACCAGACCCUGAGGAGACUCAGGAAGAGAAGGUAGAUGAACCUGGAGAGCAAGAGAGACAAGAGACGAAGGCGAAGAUGUCUCACAAGGACAUGAAAGACACCUUGGCCAGCUUCAAAGACAGGUUGAAAUCCUCCAAGCUGCCAGAGCAGGCAGCCGCCGCGGAGCAGCGGCACCGCGAGGAGGUAGAGGCCGAGACGCAGAAGGCGCUGGCGCAGAAGGAGAGGCGGAACCAGGAAUUGAAAGACAAGCCAGCGCCCGACUUUGACGAACGCCUGACCAUGAACGAAAUUUGGAAGGCAGGCGAAGGCGAUGGGGCCCCAGGCGGCGAUGAGGACGGCAGCUGGUUGGAAGGUGGUGGGUUGAAGUUCCACACCACCGCGGACAAAGCCUUCUCGAUGGCCAAGCAGCGCUUCAAGGACGCAGAGACCUCUGUGCCCGAGAACCGCGAGUUGGCCGCGUCCAUCGCCAAGAAGCAGAGUGAGCUGCGCAUGGCUGGUGUCUUCUUCGCGCUGUUCCUCUUCGUCCUGACCACCUAUUUGAUCUCGGAAAAGGCCGGCGACCUCUACUCCAGUCGGAGGCAACAGCUAGACUACUGGGGUGGCUGCACCAUGCAGGAUGUCAAGGACAUCCCUUCACUGCUGUCGUGGCUAGAGAAUGACUUUGUUCCCUUAGCCUUUACAGAUCGCACCCAGUAUCCUUCUGUCGUCAUGUCUACUUCUGUCUAUCGGCUCCAGGACGGUACCAUGCACUGGACCCCGCGGUACGUGGGAGACACCCAGACCUCCGUUCUGCUGGGCACCAUCCGCAUGCGACAGAUUCGGGUGCAGUACAGUCAGGCUUGUAGCAUCAUAGACGACCUCCAGGGCAUCGUCAGCGACUGCUUCGCGGAUUUCUCCGAACCCGUGCAGAGCCGCCUCUCCUGGGCCCCCGCGGGGACCGGGGAGCACCUCAAGGCCCUGGGAUCCACCUGGGACGGCAAUGUGAAGUCAUGA